AUGCAGCCCACUUGUCUUUCACUGCUACACCUCUGCUCACUUCUUCUUCUCGUAUUCACUUUCCAUGCCACUUCAGUACCAAUAACCGACGAUUACUCCACCUACAUCGUCCACCUAGACCCAUCCUCACGUCCAAAACACUUCACCACCCAUCAACAAUGGCACUCCUCGAUCGUUUCCGACGUAAAAUCCUCAACCAGUACCACUCACCAUCACUUCUCGUCCCUCGAAAAUUCCUUCUUGUACACCUACCAAAACGCCCUUCAUGGGUUCAGCGCUGUUUUAUCCCAGCAAGAACUCCAAACCCUGCAAAACCUCCCGGGUUUUCUUUCAUCCUACAAAGACAAACUCGUCACGAUGGACACCACCUAUACUCCCGAGUUCAUGUCCCUCGACCCAUCAACCGGCCUAUGGCCAGCCUCAAAAUUCGGCGAAGACGUGAUCAUUGGAGUAAUCGACACCGGAAUCUGGCCGGAAAGUCCAAGUUUCAGCGACCACGGAAUGGUGUACACCUCCAAGCUCCCAUCCAAGUGGAAAGGGACAUGCCAGGAGGGACAAGACUUCAACUCUUCCCUAUGCAACUCCAAGCUUAUUGGGGCUAGAUACUUCAACAAAGGGGUCAAAGCUGCCAACCCGAAUGUCACCCUGACGAUGAACUCGGCUCGAGACACCGAGGGGCACGGGACCCACACAUCCUCCACCGCAGCAGGGAACUACGUCGAUGGUGCAUCCUUCUUUGGCUAUGCUAAUGGUGUGGCUCGAGGCAUGGCGCCUCGGGCCAGGGUGGCCAUGUACAAGGUGAUAUUUGAAGAGGGACGUUACGCCUCGGACGUGCUCGCCGGAAUGGACCAAGCCGUGGCGGAUGGAGUCGACAUCAUCUCCAUCUCCAUGGGGUUCGAUGGCGUCCCGUUGUACCAGGAUCCUAUUGCGAUCGCCUCGUUUGGUGCGAUGGAGAAGGGGAUCUUGGUCUCGUCCUCGGCAGGAAAUGCUGGGCCCAGGGGAGGCCCGUUACAUAACGGAAUCCCCUGGGUGCUGACCGUCGCGGCAGGCAACUUUGACCGCACUUACGCCGCAAGUUUGACCAUAGGGAAUAACAAAGAGAAAGAAAAACGCGUCAUAGUUGGGAGGAGCAUGUUCCCCCUCGACGCAUGGGUCAGGGAUGAAACCCUCAUAUACAACAAGACGCUCUCCAAAUGUGACUCUCUUGAGUUGCUCGCUGAAGCUCCACGUGCUAUCAUUGUGUGCGAAGACACGGGGUUUCUGGACGACCAAAUGUACGCCAUUGCCAGCGUGACGAAUCUCGCUGGUGCGAUCUUCGUCUCUAAGGAUCCUUCCCGCGUGGACUUGGAGUCAACGAGUUGUCCAGGCGUGCUGAUUUCCACGAUGGAGUUUGCUGCAGUCAUCGACUACAUAAACAGUAGCGAUGACCCUACCGCUGGAAUCAAAUUCCAACAGACCGUAACAGGAAAAGAGGUGGCCCCCUCAGUAGCUGACUACACAUCUCGAGGUCCUUCUCCGAAUUGCCCCGCGGUUCUGAAGCCAGACGUCAUGGCUCCAGGAAGCUUCGUGUUGGCUUCCUGGAUCCCCAAUGACUACACAGCCACGGUUGGUACGAAUAUGUUGCUAUCGAGCCAAGGGUUCAAUCUUAUUUCUGGCACGUCGAUGGCUUGUCCUCACGCUUCUGGCGUGGCUGCGCUCCUGAAAGGCACGCAUCCAGAAUGGAGCCAUGCAGCUAUUAGAUCGGCCAUGAUGACGACUGCUAAUGAGCUAGACAGUUCAAUGAUGCCAAUCAAGGAUGUGGGACGAAAUUUCACGGCCGCGUCUCCUUUGGCCAUGGGAGCGGGCCAUAUGGUGCCGAAUAAGGCCAUGGACCCUGGUCUGGUCUACGAUGCGGCGCCACAGGACUACGUGUCUCUGUUAUGUUCGAUGAACUUUACUAGGAAUCAGAUUAUGACAAUCACGAGAUCGAACGAUUACAACUGUGCAAACUCUUCACUCGAUUUGAACUACCCGUCGUUCGUGGCAUUUUACGAUAAAAAUGUGACUACCGGAGCGAUGUUGAAGCACAGGUUUCGAAGAGUCGUGACGAAUGUAGGAGGAGGGGCGGCUACGUACAAAGUGAAGGUGGCUCCACCGGAGGGAGUGAAAGUUGCGGUGUGGCCUCAGAGUUUGGUGUUCGGUAAGAAGUACGAGCAGCGAGAUUACUAUGUGGAGAUUGUGUAUCCGAGUGAUGGGAAUGGGCUGGUUUCAUAUGGGUCGAUUGUUUGGAUUGAGGAAAGUGGAAAGCAUAUUGUGAGGAGUCCUAUUGUUGUUUCACCAACUUCUGCGGGCAAGUAA